AUCUGUGCGCAGCUGAAACACUAGAAAGAAACUAAGAAAGUGCUUUGACUUAGCGUUAAGGUGGACACUACAUAAACCCAAAACCCUUAAACCCUGAUUUUCCUUUCAAAAUUUUUCUCGACAAAAUGAAUAAGAAAGCUCAACAAACGCUACUUUCUGCUGGAGGACAAUUCAAUUUGUCGAGGACUGUUGUACUAUUAAUCGGCCUUCUGUGCCUCAAUUGUACGAAGGGCUGGUCUACACGUUUGUGAGUGAUCUAUAUUAGAUAGCAACGGAAACAAUUUAACUGUUAUUUUUUUUGGGUCAAGAUAAUGUACUCUCUGCCUUUGCAAAGAAAUUCUUGAACAAUAUAAGAAAAUGUCUGGGUGCAAAAGGCCUCCUCGUAGUGAUCGACCUUCAAUUACAUACAGGUGGAACCAAGUUGAUGAGGCAUCUUUUGACCUUACUGAUAUUGUCCCUGAACAAAAUGCCUCUACACGCACUGAGAAAAAAAAGCAAAGUAGCAUAAAUACCGAACUGAAGCACUCUGAGAUAUUGAGCACAAAGGAGCUCAUCUCAGCAGUGGGGCAGAUAUGGAGUAUUGUAAAUCCUCUUGCUAUUACUGAAUCAGGGGCAAAACCAAAUCGUAAUGGUAGUGGCUCUCAGAAAAGUGUUAUCUUGGGUGAUCUGGUUGGGGAAGAUGGUGGGGCAGCUUUAAAAGAUGAUGAUGAAAGAUACUUUAGUGCUUAUGCAAGGACUGCUAGUAAUAUUACACCUUCACUGCAGCCAAGGUUUGAGUUUCUUACAGUGACUCAGAAGUUGUUGGCGAUUGAACCUUGUAAGCGGAAUUGUACUCAUUCAUUAUUCUCACAGUUUUCGAAGGGAAGUACCACAUUAUCAAAUGAGUAUUGGAUAGGAAAGGGGCUAGCGAAUGUAGGAACUUCAUAUGAAUUGGAAAGGAUAUAUGGAUGGAUGAAAGAAAUAAUUCCUGGUGAAUCACAGAAUCCUGUCAAUGUCACUAAGAUUGAGGAAGAGAAUUUCAAUAAAAUCUGCACUUCAGGAAAUACAAUCAUUCAUGCUGAUGCCUGCAUUUCUAGAGAUUCAACUCAUACCAGAAAUAACUUUGCUUUGAGAAAUGCUGACUGCUAUUCUGAUUCAGUCAAAUCAAAAGGUACAUCUCUAGGUGAUAACAUGGAAGCAGCAAUGAAGACAGGAAUAAUCAGCUCCCUCUGCUCUGAUUAUUUCCUUGGGACUCUUCAUAAUAAUAAUGUGCACAAUAGUGUUUCAAAUGGACUGAGUUCUAGCCUUUAUGUAGAUUAUCAUCUUGACUUUUUAGCUCCACAGAAGAGUACAUAUGAAGAAUUCAAACAUCACAAUGAUGAUAAUCAAAUGGCUGAGACAAGAAAACGACCUCAAAAGUUUGUUGAGGACAAAAAUGUCAUGGAGGUUUGUCCAUCAGCAUGUGCAAGACCACGUUAUGCCCUUGCUAAGCAAGAGCAUGCUUAUGCAGGUGCAUUUGCUGGAAUAUUCGUUAGCCUUUGUCUACAUCCUGUUGAUACGGUAAAGACAGUUAUUCAGUCUUGCCGUACAGAGCAGAAGUCUAUAUGUGACAUUGGAAGGUCAAUUGUUUCUGAAAGAGGUGUAACUGGGCUUUAUCGUGGAAUUGCUAGCAAUAUAGCAUCUUCAGCUCCAAUAUCUGCCAUUUACACUUUCACGUAUGAAUCAGUUAAAGGAUCUUUGCUUCCUUUUUUCUCCAAGGAAUAUCACUCUUUUGCCCAUUGUGUUGCAGGCGGAUGCGCAAGCAUUGCAACUUCCUUUGUUUUCACUCCCAGUGAGCGUAUAAAGCAGCAGAUGCAAAUUGGUUCACGCUAUCAUAACUGCUGGAAUGCGCUGAUUGGAAUAAUUGGAAAGGGUGGUUUACCUUCACUAUAUGCAGGAUGGGGAGCUGUACUAUGCCGGAAUGUUCCACAUUCAAUUAUAAAGUUUUAUACAUAUGAAAGCUUGAAGCAGUUGAUGUUGUCUUCACAAAAUCUGAAUGCGCAACCUAACACGUUACAAACACUAGUUUGUGGAGGGCUGGCAGGAUCCACUGCUGCUUUAUUCACAACUCCUUUUGAUGUGGUGAAGACUAGACUACAGACGCAGAUUCCUGGUUCCAUGAACCAAUAUGACAGUGUGUUUCAUGCCCUUAAAGAAAUAGGAAAGAAUGAAGGUCUGAAGGGCCUCUACAGGGGAUUAAUUCCAAGAUUGGUUAUGUAUGUGUCUCAAGGAGCAUUAUUCUUUGCAUCAUAUGAAUUUUUCAAAAGAUUAUUUUCUUUGGAAAUUCCACAAUUUAAUUCUCAAAGGAUUCAGUACAAACAAAGCAUGGAAGAUGAUCCAACACAAUUGCAAUUGCCAUGAUGUUCCGCAUCACAGGCAUCCUGAUCUUGACUAUCACCAGCACAAAGGUUGCAUGGUUUGCAUCAUAUGAGAAAUACUGAUACCCUUUUGUGAUGAGAUGAGAUUAAGAAGGGAGACAUGCCCCAUCAAUGAGCAUAGAUGGGACUGCGUAUCUACGAAACCAUAAAUGGAUGCAAUACCCAACAUGGAAUGGCGAAAUUGUUGGGUUCGCCAUUUUGUGGUGCUGAAAUGAUGGCAAAUUAUUGUAUACACUACAAAAUAUUAUGACUCAUAUAUUUAGAGAGAUUGCAUAUGCACCAGUGUACUUUUGAAAUGGGUAUUGCCGGGCUUGCCAUUUUGAAGGAAACAUUUGCAAAUAAGUUCAAUAUUUAUAAUAUUUUUAUAUUUGAAUUA